AUGUCUCUUUACCUCAUGUCUCUUUACCUCAUGUCUCUUUACCUCAUGUCUCUUUACCUCAUGUCACUUUACCUCAUGUCUCUUUACCUCAUGUCUCUUUACCUCAUGUCUCUUUACCUUAUGUCUCUUUACCUCAUGUCUCUUUACCUCAUGUCUCUUUACCUCAUGUCUCUUUACCUCAUGUCACUUUACCUCAUGUCUCUUUACCUUAUGUCUCUUUACCUCAUGUCUCUUUACCUCAUGUCUCUUUACCUUAUGUCUCUUUACCUUAUGUCACUUUACCUUAUGUCUCUUUACCUUAUGUCUCUUUACCUUAUGUCUCUUUACCUCAUGUCACUUUACCUCAUGUCACUUUACCUCAUGUCUCUUUACCUCAUGUCUCUUUACCUCAUGUCUCUUUACCUUAUGUCUCUUUACCUCAUGUCUCUUUACCUCAUGUCACUUUACCUCAUGUCUCUUUACCUCAUGUCUCUUUACCUCAUGUCUCUUUACCUCAUGUCUCUUUACCUCAUGUCACUUUACCUCAUGUCUCUUUACCUCAUGUCUCUUUACCUCAUGUCUCUUUACCUCAUGUCUCUUUACCUCAUGUCUCUUUACCUCAUGUCUCUUUACCUCAUGUCACUUUACCUCAUGUCUCUUUACCUCAUGUCUCUUUACCUCAUGUCUCUUUACCUCAUGUCUCUUUACCUUAUGCCCGGCCUACAGGAGGCGCUCAGGUAG